UUCUCCGAGUCGGCGUUGUCUAACUGUGAUCACGCCUUCUCACUUCUCAGUUCUUCACAGCCGAUUCUAUUCGAAUAGAGAGAAUCAUGGGAAAGUACAGCUGCAGCGCGGCGAUCAAUUCCUCCACCCCCGCGGGCAUGCUGUUCGACGCCUUUGUCAGUGCCAGUGGCAUCAUCUCCGGAGUCUUCCCGCCGGUCCUUAAGAGCACCGAGGUUGUCGAGCAUUUCACCUGCGGCGAGGGCAACCGGGACAAGACCGUGAAGCAAAAGGUCGAGGCCCGGGACAAUAAGAAGUUCAUCUACUGCUACUCGAUCAUGGAGGGGGACGCGCUGGGCACCAUCCUUGAAGAGAUCAGCUUGGAUGUAAAGAUCACUGCAUCGCCCAAGGGAGGCUCGGUGUGCAAGAUCACAAGCAAGCACUCCGCCAACAACGGCGUGGCCAUCACCGAAGAGAAGAUCUUGGCCGUGAAGGAGAAGGCAAUCGCGGCAUUCCAGGUCAUUGAGGAUUAUCUGGUAGCAAACCCUCGUGGCUAGCAGAGUCACUUUGUGGUUUUAUUAUCAGGAAUUUAUAUGGGGUAUUUUUAUUUUAUUGGCUCUGGAUAUUAUAAGCUGGGAACGGCAAUCUGGGUUAAAACAAGCCCUCGGGUAAUGAUGCCCAGUACACGAGUCUUUACCACUA